AUGGUUGAUGAAGCCGUGGUUGAUCGCGGUGAUGGAUCGGAGAAAUCUCAUUCGCGAACACGGAGCCGACCAAAUUUGAGGAUUGCUAUCCCAGAUCAAACGACGAUUGAGCUGCAAAGACAAACUUCUGCCAACGGAUCAUCUGGGUUCACAACUACAACCUUCAUGCCUUUUGUCGGGGUAGAAGAGCUAUCUCAUCAUCGGCAGGAAGAAAAGGUCUGUACUUGCCCGGAGAUCUCUCAUGUCGAUCAAGGGGAAGGCGCCAUAGUGAAUGAUACCGAGGAUGAUAUAAACGACAUCUUCCAUCUUUACACCAACCCAAACUCCACCUUUACCACACCUUCAACUGCUGGUUUCCUCCACCAGAACUUCCAACUCUUCCGGGACCUAUCUCAUUUAUCUCAACUAUCGGAACUUCAGGUUAACACAUUCAACAAUGGACACCAGCAACUAGAAGACACAUCUUCUUCAAGCAAUCAAGGAGAGAUUCACACUGAAGGCGAUAGGUUUGAGUAUUCUCCAAGUCACCUUCAAUCUCAGACCAAGACCUCACAAGAUCUAAGAGGCAACAGCGAAGGCGACCUCACAUCUAACCCUGCCAAUUUAUCUACCACAAAUCUGCCAUCUCAAAGCAUCAACCAACCCACCUCUUUCCUUUCCAAAUCAAAGAUGUCGUACAACAACUCGCCCUCCCAAAUGGAGGCUCACAUCCAAUUGCGCAUUCAGCUUGCAAUUGCUGAGAAUAACCUCGCUCACAAGACCAAAGAGGCCGAAGACAAUCAACGCUCCCUCGCGCUUGUAGCUCGAGCAUUUUGCCAACAACAAUAUCCUCCCAUCAAUUACGCCAACAAUCUCAACUUCAAUCCCAGUCUCAACCAAAAUUCUCCUCACCCAGCUAUUGCUGGUUUUCAGCACCAUGAAGCUGAAGGUCAAUCAUCCAAGAGAGCCGGUGAAGAAUAUGGAGGGAAAAGGAUUGGCCAAUUGGAACAAGAGAUUGAGACUCUCAGACGGGAGAACCGGAUUUUGAAGCUGAAGAUCAGAGAGAAAGAUGUUCAAGAGACUUCUUCUGAUGAGGGAAGUGGGAAGAUGGUACGAUUUGAUGAAAGCAAUAUCAUCGGAGCUGCAAGUCAAGGAUUCUCCAAACAUGAGCAGAAGUCAGGCGAACAGGUUGCGGGAGAGGGUGAACAUGGACAGAGUGCGAAAAACAAGUUCAACAGUCUUGAUGAACUGACGCUUGUUUCUAACCCGAACUCACCAACAAGGGAAGAAAUAAAACAACGAAUGGAAAUUGACAAUGUUGGUAUUAAAUCUCUCGACGACUUGCUUGGUCCUGAGGAUGACACGCCAAAGAAAGCCGAGAAAGCAGUUUUGCAAAAUCUGGCUGCUGAUGAAGGACUGGAGGCCACUGCUGCAGGUGUAUCGGAGGAACACAAGAGAGCCAUCGCACGAUUCAUGAACGUCCCUGAAACCAAAGUCCUCAAGACUGGCUUUGAUGGCGCCGGUACACAAGGAGGACAGUACGAGAAAAAUCUUGCGGAUGAAGACAGUGAUGGUCCUCAAAAUAGAGGUCUUGGCUACCGCAAUUUCGAUCUUCCACCAAUCAGAAUUGAAAUCAAGAGUCAAGGUGGUUAUCAGGUUUUUGACUCUCUUGAAGAGAGAGGAGAAGCCAUCAGAAACCAACGUGAUUUGGUAGGACGUAGAGAGUCUGUUGCUCCUCUGUUCUUCGCCCAUGGAGUCGCAUAUAUCCCCGGUCAGGAUGAUAGCAACUAUAUCCGUACGGUACACAUUGGCAAUCUUCCACAUGACAUUCACCUCCGAGAACUAUUAACAAGAGUUCGAGGUGGUGAUGUGGUCUCAGCUAUAUUGCUAGACACCAAAUCAAUCACCGGCGGCUCUAUGAGUGCUAUGGUCCAGUUUUCUCAUGAACUUGAUGCAGAAGAAUAUGCACGAUUUUCGGAAGAAACCUUCAUCUAUUUCGGUGAAGGUGCUGAGAAGAAGGCUGUCGAGGUGACCCUUUUGGAAUCAUCGCCUACAUAUCCCAUGCGUGGCCACAGAGUCCAGAGUAUCGAUAAUCACAAACCAACUCGUUGCCUGGCUGUCAACCAACUGCACCCUCGCCAAUUUUCGCUUCGACGUUUGGAAGUAGCCAUCGCUUGCGGCAAUUUCCAUCGUGCUGAUUCUCUCUUGGAUACUCACUUUGAUGAGACCGGCACCCUGCACUUAGAGUUUUCUAAUGUAGCUCUCGCAACGAGUGCAAGAGCCAUUCUGAACAGCUGGAUCGAGUUUCGAGGCGUGAAAGCUGAUUUCGAGGACGAUCCAUGUGCGCGGCCCGUUCAAGACUUGCUACUUCCAGUAGAACCCAGAAAGCCAUUGUGGCCCAAGGGUGGCUUCCUGGAAGGAGUGGAAGUGGAGAAGAGACCAGGACGUUUCGAUGAUCGGGAUGAGGAGAAAUGUUUUGAUUAUGGUGGGGAUGUUCUUCAAUCUGAGAUAGCCCAUGAGCAACGCAAGAGAUUGGCAGCACUGUCGAACCAAAAGGUUGAGAUCCCAACUUUUGGUGAGGGUAAUUUAAAGUCCUCUUCUUGGGCUGAUGAAGUCAAUGAGGAGCUUUCUUCUUCGGAACAAUCUUCGCCACAAGAUGAUGCUCAAUUGAUCGGUCCCGGAGCCAAUACUACUCUGAAACACAGCAUUCAUGGAAAGAGCGGAGAACAAGAUAAGCAGCUAAGACGUCGACCAGUGGGCCUUGAAGGAAGCAAGUUUGCACCACCUCAAUACGAGAAUCGAUCACCAGCAAGCUCGUCCACCGCUUCAGGCUCGGUAGCUGAAGAGAGUGGCCAGAAGAAUGAAGAGAGUAAUGAAAACGUUGCAAAAGCACUCAACAAAACCUCCAAUUCCGAAUCCUCGUUUCAGCUUUCAGAUGCGGCAAGAUUGAUGGCACAAGAGAGGGCAGAUCGAAUUAAGGGUCAUGUCAGUGGCCAACAAGUCCGGGAAGAGUUCUCCGAAGUAGCUGAGGCUCCUGUAGAUGAGAUCAAAAUGUCUGAAUUGGCGCCUCAAAUCAGCCUGGCAACUCGUGAUACUCCAGAGGAAACUCAGGGAAAGAUUGUGGUCGAGAAGGUGAAUGGAAACUCGUUGGUUCGCAAUCCCGAUGAGUUGGAGUUGGAUCUUGACUCCGAUUCUGAUUCCGCUUUUGAAACUGGCGAUGAGAACGUCAACGUCAAAGAUGCUGAUCGUCCCGUGGCCAAAAACUUUACCCCAGACAGCCCAACACUCCCAGAGAUUGUCGUUGAAGAAGUUGCCACACCUCCUAUCGAGGCUUAG